AUGGAGGUCUUUCGUCUGUUAAGCAGAGUAGUAGCGAUUGUUUUUUCACUUUUAUUAAAGCAACAGCUUGCCACCAACGCGCUCUUACUGGACGCACUACAGAGGAGAAGACGUGAAGAAGAAGCCUUUAUUGUUAGUGCUGUGCAAUGUUUGCCCGCUCUGCCCAUGCCUCCUCCGAAGACCAAAAAGCUGUGGAUGAAGAUCCGCAGCAAAGACUGGUGGGAAAGAGUUGUGCUUCUGGAGUUUACCGACCUUGAAUGGAAGCAAAACUUUCGGAUGACGCGCUCUUCAUUCACAAAGUUGUGUGGACUGGCAGAGGGAUUUAUGGCUCCUGAUGAAGUCACCAUCAGAGCACCCAUUCCGUGUAUGAUGCGCGUCGCUAUUGUUUUGUAUAGACUUGGUAGCUGUGCAGAAUACCGCCUCGUAUCUAACCAAUUCGGCAUUCACAAAAGCACUGUGAAAAAGUUCACAUACAUGUUUUGUCAGGGCAUGUUAAAAGGACCAAUAAAAGAGCUCAUUCAGAUGCCCAAUGAAGAGGAAGCCUCAGAAAUUGCCACGCGAUUCGAGGCAGCACAUUUCAUCCCUCAAAUCAUGGGACUGAUUGAUGGGACACACAUCCCCAUCCUCCCUCCAUCAGAUGGCUUUAAAGACUUUGUGAACAGAAAAGGAUGGACUUCCUAUGUCCUCCAGGCUGUAGUGGAUGACAGAUGCUGGUACAUUAUUAUACUCAUACACUGCACUUCUUUUCCAACAGCUUAA